CUUAUCAGUGACAUCAACAGUAACUUCAGACACAUCUUUGUCCUUAUCAGUGACAUCAACAGUAACUUCAGAAAUAUCUUUGUCCUUGUCAGUGACAUCAACAGUAACUUCAGAAAUAUCUUUGUCCUUGUCAGUGACAUCAACAGUAACUUCAGAAAUAUCUUUGUCCUUGUCAGUGACAUCAACAGUAACUUCAGAAAUAUCUUUGUCUUUGUCUGUGACAUCAACAGUAACUUCAGAAAUAUCUUUGUCUUUAUCAGUGACAUCAACAGUAACUUCAGAAAUAUCUUUGUCCUUGUCAGUGACAUCAACAGUAACUUCAGAAAUAUC